AUGACGAAGUCCUCACCGCUUGACCGAAGCUCAAGACGUGACUGGAAAGAGAGGGAGGAGUGUGUGUCGGAGGAUCGAAGCCAGGUCUUCACCACCCAGUGCCACCAUGAAGCCAUCCAUGAGCCUGUUCCUGCUGCUGUUCGCCUGCAGCCUGCCGGCGCUUCUACAAGGUACGUUUCCGUUCUGCUUCAUCCUUUGUGAGUGUAAU